AUGGAUUACGAGGACUACUUCACUCGGAUACCUCAAGAGAUUUGGGAUCAUAUCAUCGGAUACAUCGACCACAUCCCCACCUUACGUGCCUGCGCGUUGACCACCCGAAGAUGGGUCCACGCCAGCCAAUCCCGGCUGUUCUCGCAGCCCUUUAGCGAAAUCCUUCAUUCAAACUACGAGUCUCAAGGCUUUCGGUCCCUUCUCGAUACAUUUCAGUCCUCGCCUCAUUUGCUACCGUACGUCAAAGAGGUGCACACGACGUUCGCGUACCUCGCCCAGCUUUCGCGUCUCCACAUGCCGAACGUCAAACAUCUGUCCUUGGACCUGGGUUCGCGAGAUUCCCAGGUCUCGAUGGAGACUCCGUGGCCAGAAUAUCUAACGUUCUGUCCCAACCUCCACACCGUCAGCACAUACGGCCGCGUGCGCUCGCUCUCGACUCUCGUCAGCUUCUUGCUCGCCCUUCCGCGGGUAUCACGCAUAUACCUCGAAUACAUCUCAUGGGACGAAAGCGUGACGGAAGUUCCGGACUCGACGAUCUCCCCGACCGAAACCGCCUUGCGGGUGUUGCAUAUCACGUCCAUCGCGGACGUCCGGUUACUCGAGGCUUUGUGCCGGUUCGCGGAAUCCGGGGUGCGCAGCCUCAGGCUAGUGGAGGCGCUAAGCCUGGACGUUGAGGUCACAGACCCUACUAUCUCCGCCGUCAACGCUCUGUUGCGCAAUAGCGAGUCGUUGACUUGCUUCCGUCUCGCCGCGUACUGGUACAACCGUGUUGAAGAACUCGCUCAGCAAUUGUUUGAUAUGUCCAGCAGCACGCGGCUGAGGAAGGUCGUCUGCAGUCUGCCGCUCCGAUCCGCCGAUCGCAUCGAUCCCCUCCUGCACGUCUCCCGUUCUCUGACAACUAUCAGCUCCCCCGCGUUCGAAUCGCUCGUCCUGAGGAUAGACACCCCGGUCAGAGCGCAGAACGUCGCCGAGACGCGACGGCUGCUCGCGGCUAUUGCAACCGAACUCGCGGCAGCCCAGUUCGCUCAUCUCACGCGGUUGUCCGUCCGGUUCGAGCCUUCGCCGUACGGAUCACACGACCCCGUCGAGACGUUGGACGCUCUUGCCAGCGAACACUUCGGGUUUCUUACAGAGCGGGGUGUCGCGGUCGAUAUGGAAGUCUACGGGACCGGGACCCGCGCAAGCGGUGCGGUGUUUGACGAGAGGGAAGGAUGGAUCUUAGAUACUCUACACGCAGCUCUCUUGGUUCAUGUUAUCUACUACUAUCUAGUUACCAACUUUGGCAACUUCCUCGUGUUGCUAAGAAACACUUGGUCGCUUGUGAUCGAAGUAUUUAUCGGUAAUCUGCUGACAUGCACGGUGCAGAUAUUCUUCGCACAUCGUGUCUACAAACUUAGCAAUAUGCGCAACUGGUGGACACCACUAUUGAUAUGUGUCUUGGCCGUGGCCCAGCUAGCGGCAGCCAUAGGGUUCACAGUUAGAGGCCUUGCCUUCCCCAAGUUUGCAGACACAGACGUGAACAUGCCGUGGACAGCGAGCGCGCUUUCGGUCGAUAUCACCUGUGACAUGGUUAUUUCCUUCGCAAUGGUUUUCUACCUCAACCGCAACCGAACACAGUUUGCGAAAACCAACAAGGCAAUCAACAUGCUGAUGACCUACUCGUUGAACACCGGGCUGCUCACUACUAUAUUCGCCGCGAUCACGUUGUCUGUGUUCAUGGCCAAUCACAAGUCGCUACUCUACGCCCCGUUCUACUUCAUACUCGUCCGCCUAUACUCGUGCUCCUUCAUGUCCACGUAA